AUGGCUGACGCUCUUAUUGGUGCUACCAUUCAGAUUAUUCUGCAGAAGAUGCUCCCCCUCGCAGCAGAUGGGAUUGGGAUGGCUUUUGGACUCAAGGAGGAUUUGAAGAACUUGAGAGAAUCUGCUGCAAUGAUCCGAGCGGUCAUAGCUGAUGCAGAGGAAAAGCAAGGACACGAUCAGGCUGUGAAACUGUGGUUGAAGAGGCUUGAAGGAGUGGCUUUUGAUGCUGAUAAUGUGUUGGAUGAGCUGAACUAUGAAUUUAUUCGGAAACAACUGAAGGAAAAGGUGCGCUUCUUUUCAUUCUUUUGUGAUACUGCUUUGCAUUGGAGAAUGGCUUCUAAGGUUAAGAAUGUUAACCAGAAGUUGAAAAUUAUCAACCAAGAAGCUAUUGACUUUGGACUCAGGUCCCAGCUGAUGGGAGGUGGUGCAAAUAUAGCUCCCCUUCCUCUCCCUGCUAUAAGUCGGGAGACUGACUCUAUAAUUCGUCAAAUUGUUGUUGGAAGAUCCAAUGAUGCAUCAAACCUAGUGGAGACAUUGUUGAGCUCUUCUGCAAAAGUUGUUUCUGUUAUUCCCAUAUCUGGCAUGGGGGGGUUGGGGAAAACAACUUUGGCUCAGUUAGCAUACAAUGAUCCAGGAAUUGAUGGACAUUUUGAUACUAAGAUUUGGAUUUGUGUCUCUGAGAAAUUUGAAGUUACUAGGCUUUUUAAACUGGUUUUAGAAUCAUUGACAAAGAGAAAAGUUAAAACUGAAAGCAGGGAUGUUAUAGUUCAGGAUGUUCGGAAAGAACUUAAAUGGAAGAGAUAUCUUAUUGUGCUUGAUGACAUGUGGGAUGAGAGAUCUCAACUCUGGGACGACUUUUUUCAAUGUUUGGUGGGAAUUACCAACACACAAGGAAACUGGAUUCUUGUAACAACGCAAAAAGCAUUUGGAGGUGGAGAAGUACCAAAAGAAUUGGAAGAAGUGAGAACUGAAAUCACGAAAAGAUGUCAAGGUCUACCUCUGGCUGCAAAUGUAAUUGGAGGUUUGUUACGUAUCAAAAGAAAAGAAGAGUGGCUCCCAAUCAUAGAGAGCGGGCUUUUGCACUUAAGUGAGAAUGAAAAUACUGUCAUGCAACUACUUAAGUUGAGCUUCGAUCAUUUACCAACUGCAUCCAUCAAGAAGUGUUUUGCAUACUGCUCGAUUCUUGACAAAGAUUUUCUUGUAAACAAGCAACAUCUAAUCCAACUCUGGAUGGCUGAAGGUUUUCUUCAAGCAAGUCAUAAUGAGUUAUUAGAGGACAUAGGCAACAACCAUUACCACAUCCUGUUAGAGAGUUCAUUGUUGCAAGAAGUAAGGAUGUAUGACCCCUAUCUUGAUGUGAAUGCCAGAUAUGCCAAAAUGCAUGACUUCGUGUAUGAUCUUGCACGAUCAUUGUCAGGAUCUGACAGCAUAAGGGGUGAGAACUGCCAAUCCAGAUAUCUAGUAUUGCAUUCAUUUGGAGAAGAAACACAGAUGAAGUUGAAUGACAUAUCAACAUCAGUUAGUUCAUUAAUUUUGCUUGAGAGUCACAUAUCAGGUGACAUUUUAUCAAACUUUAGGUACUUGCAUGUGCUGAAGUUGUCUUGGGUGACUAGUGAGGUGCUGCCAAGCUCAAUCGGCAAGCUGAUCCAUUUACGAUUUCUUGACCUUUCAUACUCUAGAAUAGAAGCUCUGCCUGAGUCCAUUUGCAAGCUUUAUAAUUUGCAAACACUUACAUUUGAUGAAUAUCCUGACAAGAGAACUCUUAAGCAGCUUCCAAAAGGGAUGAGAAAGUUGGUUAAUUUGAGACAUCUCCGCUUUUUUGCUUCUGAUGGUCAAUUCCAAAUGCCAAAAGGGAUGAGGCAGUUAACCUGUCUUCAAACUCUACAGUUCUUCAAUGUAGGAAAAGACAAUGGCCGUACACUUGAGGAGCUGGGAUGCUUAAAAAACCUCCGAGGCCGCCUUCAGAUUCGCAAUCUAGAACUGGUAAAUGGUAAAGAGGGAGCUCAGCAGGCAGAUUUACUGCAAAAGCCAAAAAUGCGUCACUUGGGAUUUGAAUGGUGUAGUGUUAAUGCAGAAGGUGGUUAUGAUGAUGAACAUGUCUUGGAAGGCCUCCAGCCCCAUCCAAAUUUGCAAAGUUUACACAUUAAUAACUACAAUGGUGGGAAAUUUCCACAUUGGUUAAUGAACAUGGCAAUAUACAUGAAGACUACAGACGGAUCAUCAAUAACAAGACUCGACAAAUUGGUAAAGCUGAGAUUAAUAAACUGCAAACUAUGCACAGAAGUCCCUGCCCUUGGACAGUUGCCAUCUCUUCAAGUUCUUGAGUUGAAUGGAUUAGAGAACUUAAGAUGCAUUGGAACUUCAUUCUAUUGCAUUGCUGAUGAUUCCAGUGGAUCAAGCAGCAACAGAAGCAGUAGUCAAGGGUCAAGCAAAUUGUUUCCAGCUCUUAAAACUCUUGAGUUAGCAAAUAUGCCAAAUCUAGUACAAUGGAGGGGAGCAGAAGCUACAUCCAGAGGAGGUGGUGAUGAAGAGCUAGAAGUGUUCUUUCCUGGCCUUGAAGAUUUGAUGAUUAUGAUGUGCCCCAAACUGACCACAGCUCCAGGUAAUUUUCCAAGCCUGAAGAGAUUGAAAAUCGAGAGGAUGGACCAGGUUUUGCCAGUAAAACAGAUUUGCAGUAACGCAACCAUUCUCACAGACCUCUGGAUCAAAGGAAUGCCAGAGCUCACUUGCAUUCGAGACGUGCUCAACAAACAGGACUUAGCAUGGCUAAGAUUAGAUGAGUGUCCCUAUUUAAAUGACAUACAUGGCUGUGGAACUUCUCUUAGAGAAUUAAGGAUCAUGAACUGCGAGAACCUAAGGGAGUUGCCGGAGAAUCUACAUCAACUACAGGCUCUACAAACACUUUGUAUUAUGCAGUGCCCAAAUAUCAAGUCAGUCGCAAUUCCUUCAGGACAGCAUGGCCUCACAUCCCUCCAAGAACUGAGAUUUGUUGAUUGCAGUGGGCUGAAUAGUCUGCCAGCUGAAAUGCUACACUCACGUACAUCUCUUUGUACUCUGGUUGUGAGAAGAUGCCCCAAUCUUGUCUCAUUUCCAAUUGACUUGCAGCAAACACCUUCUCUAGUGGUCCUAGUGCUAUCCGGCUGUCCCAAAUUGAACACUAUACCGGAAGGACUCGGUCGCUUUUCUUGCUUAAGAGUGCUGUUUAUUGGUCCAUUCCCAGAUUCAAGCCAGGAAUUCGAAUUGUUAUCAGCCGUGGCUUCCUCAUCUGUCCGCACUCUUGCAAUAGUUGGAUGGCCUCAUUCAAAUUCUCUGCCAGAAGAGCUUCAGUACCUGACUAACAUUACAAAAUUAAGUAUACUCAACUUUGGAUCAGUAGAAGCUUUACCUGAUUGGUUGGGAAACCUUGGCUCUCUAGAAAGACUACACCUGAUUGAUUGUGAAAAGCUUCAACAUUUGCCUACUAUGGCUGCUAUGCGACGUCUCACCAAAUUAAGUUUUCUGUCAAUUUCGGGUUGUCCUCUGCUACAGGAACUAUGCAGCAACUCUGAGCGGUUCAAGAUUUCUCAUAUUCCCACUAUAUUAAUUGAUGAUGAAGAGUUGAUGUAAUCCAACUUUGAAGUAUUAUAUUACAUCCUGUAGUACAAUGGAUAAAAUGAUGGAAGAAGGUUGUUAUGUUGAUCAAAUCUCCAGUACGGCCUAUCUACUUCCUUUCUAGCUGAUAAUAUCUCUGGUUUUCACUUUCUUGAUUUUUCGCUGCAGUAAUUCGUAUAGGUGGCCAGGGUCUCAAGAAAAUGAAGAGACAGAAUGGUUUCAGUUGACAGGAUCAAGGCAAGAGGCAAAGGUUGGUCUGCAAUGUAGUUGUGUUACAUGUGGCGGACAAGGAACUGUGGUAGAUUUUGAUUGAUCAAAUAUGCACUUUUAGUUCACGGUUAUGUUGGAGUAAUAUCUUCAUUUUGCAAUAGUUUGUGAACCUAUUUCUGUUGUGAAUCAAGUUAGGAAACUGUAUUAGCUACUGCACUGUGUAUCGCUAAUUUGUGUUGUUUGUGGUGUAAUUGAAGAUGUUAGAAGAGGUUAAUGUUGAUUGAUGGUCCAAGGUGAAGAUGGGUUUUUUUUUUUCUUUUU